UUAGUCCGCCCUCAGCCAAUCAGGAGAAAGAGGCGGAGCGAUGCGCACGCGCCGCCUGCUACGCAAAAGCGAUUCAGUGUAAACGCAGCUGUCGCUCCGUAGCCACGUAUAUUGGUUCUCGUUGCCCUACCUUCGUUUGUUUUUAAUUAUGAACUUUUUAUGAGACUCUAGUGUACGUUUGUGUAUUAGUCAACUGCGGGACGGUUCUAUGUAUUUUUGGGGACUGAAUUGAUGAUGUUAUUGUGAAGUGACUGUAGCUGUGACUUAUAUUUUGGUGUUUGUUUGUAUGUACAAGAUGAUGAUGGAUCAGGCUCACUUCGGAGAGUAUUUGUUGAGGCAGCAAAUGUUGCACGCUGCGUCCCUCAGCGGUUUGCAACACCGCGUCGGUGCGGAUGCUGAACCGCCGGCUUGCGAGGCACGCCUGCUCAAUGGCGACCUCUGGCGGCGUUUCCAUGACAUCGGCACUGAAAUGAUCAUUACUAAGGGAGGAAGACGCAUGUUCCCAUCGCUGCGCAUCUCGCUGGCAGGGCUGGACCCUCGCGAGGAGUACUGCGUGCUGCUGGAACUGUCCCUCGUGGGGCGGCGGCGCUGGCGCUGGGCGGGCGGGGCUUGGGCAGCCGCCGGUGGCGCUGAACCUCAGUCACCCAGGCGUCUGAUGCUGCAUCCUGAUUCUCCAGCGCCCGGCCACCACUGGACCGCAAACCCAGUGUCCUUCAGCAAAUUAAAACUGACUAAUAAUACUAUGGACGCACAAGGACAUAUGGUAUUGACGUCCAUGCACAAGUACCGUCCCCGGGUCCUGGUGGUGCGCGCGCGUGAUGCUGCCGCCCUCGCCUGGGGUGCUCCCCACGCCUCCUUCUCCUUCCCCGAGACGGAGUUCAUUGCUGUCACCGCUUAUCAGAAUGAUCGCAUAACAAAAUUGAAAAUCGACAACAACCCGUUCGCUAAAGGCUUCAGAGCGUGUGGCCAGUCUAAAUGCAAGAGAAAGAACCCAGACUCUGGCAGCGAAGGUAACUCGGAGCCUAGCACGGAGCCCACGGACGCCAAGAGACCUUGUUCUGACGCCGCGUCCUCGUGCUCCGAGGAGGGCAGCUUGCGCUCCUCGUCCCCGAGGUCGCCGCCGCUAGUGGAAUCUCCUGCUCCGCUCGUCACACCUCCAGAGAACAUUACUCCGCCCCCAGCCGCGUUCUACCCUCCAGAGUUACCUUACCUAGGACCACUACACAUGCCGAUGCCCCUAGGUCUCUGGCCCAGCAGUCCUUUGACUAGCGGUUUCUCGUGGGGUCCCGCACUGCCGCCGCCCUUACCGCCGGCGCCUUCGCCCCCUGCCGCGCCGGCGCCCUGCAGACGGGUAAAAAGCUUCACGAUUAGCGCUCUACUCGGUGAAGGCUGAUUUCAUAUUUACACAUGUCUACUGGAGAAGUUAAAGAGUUGACAAAUAUUUUGUUUGUUCCUUCGCGAACGGCUGGUACACCUUGUACUUAUGUAACUUUGCGCCAUGUAACUUGAUAAGUACUUAAAUUAAAAUUGAAAUAAAAUGUUAACGCGACAGGGAUACUCGCAAUACCUACUUACCAUAUAAAUUAAUGUAAAUAUAUUAUAGAAACAUAGUUUUAUUUUAUGUUUAAUGAAUAAAAUUUAUAUGCCUACCUCGUUAUGAUAAGUAAUUAUUGUAUUGUGAUAGCAGUGCCUUAAGUUUGUAUAAAUGCUAAACUUUAAAAUAUUUUAAUUAAGUAGUCAAUAUGUUAAUAUAGCCAAUGGUUGAACCUAGCACAUUUCAAUGACGAUACAGAGGCUACUCUGUAGGUAACUUUUAAUUCGAAAGACUGAAGUGAACUCCAUCGCGGUCCACCUUGACAUUUGGUUUUGAGAAGAAUCUCGACCAAUGACGGGCGAAAAUUUGACUUAGAAAAUUCGAAUUGAUAGUUACAGAAUAGGCUAGCAGUAAUUACUUAUGUACACAAUCUCUAUGUAUGUCAUGUGCAGGUGCACUUCUGUCUAUUCCUUCAGGAAUAAAGUUUAAUAGACCUACUACACAAGUAAACCUACUUAAAAGUAUUUGUAAACUUGUUAACUAAUUAUAUAUGAAUUCUCUCAUAUGUAUUAUUUUUCUAAACUGCUGUAAGUCAAAUAGAUAAGUAAAUAGAAGGAAGAAAAAGCAAGUUAUAGAAGGAAUAAAUAUAUAAACUAUAGGAAAGCCUUCAGCUAUACUUGUACUUACUUGGGCGGUUGAAACAAAAUGUCGACUUGAUUUAUAAUAAGAGACAAGUGUUAUAAGUAUCUAUCAUUUAUGUAACUAUUGUAAAUAAUGUAAAUAAUAACAGUCAACAAUUAAGCAACUACAAUAUAUUUUUUUAUAUGAUUUAA